CUGGGAGGACACCACCCCCCGGGGCUGGGGUGGGGACACCCCCGUGCAGCCACCACGUUUUCCUUGCGGGUCGGUGGGGGAGGAGAGAGGGUUUGGGGUCCGCGGCCGUUCCCGGGACCAGUAUUCAGAACGCACAGGGAGACGUGGUAGCGGAACCUUUCUCCUCCGCCUCGCUCUCGCUUCCCCCCCGGAACCGGUUGGCGUCGGACCCAGUGGUGGAGGCUUAUAAACAUGGAGACAGCCGGUGCCGGGCCUGGGCCGCCGUCCUCUGGUCUCGACACUCCGGGAUCCCCAGACGAUCGGCUUUUCCUGGUGAAAGGUGGAGUUUUCCUUGGUACUGUGGCUGCAGCAGGAAUGCUAGCCGGAUUUGUUACAACAUUAUCAUUGGCUAAAAAGAAGAGCCCUGAAUGGUUCAAUAAGGGAAGUAUGGCCACAGCUGCCUUACCAGAGAGCGGGUCUUCCCUUGCCUUGCGAGCCCUGGGUUGGGGCUCACUUUAUGCAUGGUGUGGGGUUGGUGUGAUCAGCUUCGCAGUCUGGAAGGCUUUAGGAGUUCACAGUAUGAAAGACUUUCGAAGGAAACUGCAAUCAAUAUUUCCAGCAAUUCCCAAGAACUCCGAAUCUUCUCUUGAGUGGGAGGAAACAUUGAAAUCCAAAUGAGAUGAGCAUGGUGGGGAAAGUCUAAAACUGUCAUGGCAAGGGUAGCUUUGGAGGUGCCACAGAAGCAAAGGGACUCCCCUGAUUUGUCAUCAGCAACAUGUGCCUUGGUGACUGAACCCACGGGAUGGAUGGCGUUCAGUGUCCACACAGGAGGCCCACAGUCUGUGUGCUUUACUUUAACAUUGAUGUGGCGUGUGUGUGUAUUAAGGUUUUCCCAAAAUUAGGAGGAUCCUUUCAAAGUAAUUAUAUGGAUAAGUUCUUGGCGGAGAAGAUCCCAAGGGAAAUAUUUCUGUUAGUAACAGCUAAAACUAAGUUUUGUACCUGAAAAAAAAAAUGUAAAAUAACAGACGAUGGAAAAUCUUUAUAGACAAACUCCUACCAGCACUGGUACCUCAAUGUGUCUAAUUAAAUGAGUUUCCACAGCCUUU